ACAAAAGUUAGUAGCAGCUGCUACGAUGGACAAAUUUACAGGAGAACUAAAAUUUUAUUAUUAAAGAGCGGAUUACUCGAAGGAUUAGGAGGCGGAUUGCUCGAUGAAUUAGGAGGCGGACUGCUCGAUGGGUGGAUUUUUGUUCGACAGCAAUUCUGAAAGAGGAGUGUCGUAUUUGUCAUAACAACGGAGUUACCAAAAAUUUGCAUUCUUUAUUUCACGGCCUUUGUGUGAGCUCCUCGCUGCUUUGAAUCUGCCUAAUUUCUUACUUGCUCAGCAGCCAUGGCCAUGACUACUUUCCACGCUUCUGCUCCUCUGGUAAAAGCCGAGUCCGUUAGUAGUGCAACGACCAUUUCAGCGCCUCAGUGUGUCAGGGUUUCGAGUCUCAGGCGCCGUGUUUGGGCUUUCUCCCUCUCUUCAGUGCGCCUCCAUCGCCCCCUCGCUCGUCAAUUCCAUGGAUCUUUGCGAACUAUGUGGAAGUCACCUGUUAAUAAGCAGGUUGCAGUUGAUGGAUCAUCUAAUGCCGCUGCAGUUUCUGCCCCAAGUCUGGAAGUGUCAUCAUCAGAAGAGAAAGAAGUUAAGCCUGCAGUAAAGGCUCCUCCAUCAGCUUCAACAAUGACAGAAGAAUCUAUUACCGCAUUUAUGGAGGAAGUGGCUAACCUUGUAAAGCUUGUGGACUCUAGGGAUAUUAUGGAGUUGCAUCUAAAACAACAAGAUUGUGAACUCUUGAUUAGGAAAAAGGAGGCAUUGCCUCAGCCUCCUCCUCCACCGCAGCAGGUAAUGGUACAUGCUCCUUAUCCAACAGCUCCAGCACCCCCACCACCAACACCUGCCGCACCUGCACCAUCAACUGCUAUUGUACCUGCUGCACCAUCAGCCCCUAAAGAGUCUGCUCCUGCUCGAUCUGGACAUCCACCUUUGAAAAGUCCUAUGGCUGGAACUUUUUACAGGAGUCCUGCACCUGGCGAACCACCAUUUGUAAAGGUUGGAGAUCAAGUAAGGAAAGGUCAGGUGCUUUGCAUUAUUGAAGCCAUGAAGCUGAUGAAUGAAAUAGAGGCGGAUCGGGCAGGAACAAUUGCAGAAAUUAUUGCAGAGGAUAGGAAGCCAGUUUCUAUUGACACGCCUCUCUUUGUGAUUGCGGCUUGAACACAAGUUUGAGAAUGGGAGAAAUCAAAUUUGCAAUAUGAUGCCACGCGGGAAAUUUUUAUUCAAGAGCUUCUUUCUUAUGAGGGUAUGGAGUAGAAGUUGCCCAUGCCUAGCUAAUGUGCUAGUUGCAUUGAUAUGAAGUAUGAAGCAGUGUCAUAGAUUCUUUUUAUUUAUUUUUGCAUCUGAAUUGUCCCUUACACCUUCAAAUUAUAAUGAAGGUCGGCUUUUCAUUUGACUGUAGUAUUAGACUUGUAUUCCAUCAAUUGAUAUUAACUCUUCUCUUGAUAUAUGGCUUUCCUUAAACAAGAAAAGUGGAUAACAAACAACGAAAGCUUCAAAUUAAUUUUGAAUUGCAAUAUGGCUUUGAUGGGCACAUAUUAGGCUUGAAUUA